AUAUAGCACUCGCCGGUCGAAACGAACGUUGGAGCGAACGGCAAAGCGAUGAGGGCGAAACCCUAUAUGACGCCCGUUCCGUUCUCCUCCACUGUCAUUGCUGGCGGCGUAGCGAUCUCCCUCUCCGUUUUGGUGGCGAUCUCCCUCCUUCUCCACCGGCGAUCUCGCAUUUGUGCCAGUGCCGGCGAUCUAUUUCUCCAUCUGGGUGGUCCCUUGUCCCUUGUCCUCGUCCGUCAUUGCUGCCGGGUCCGGGGAUCUUCUCCUCAGUUGCCGCCUCUAGACCUCGCCCUCUCAGCCGCUUCGCUUCAAGCCUUUCAUCGCCUUGAACAAUCGGAUAUGCGAAGUACCACAAGCACGAGAGAUACCCUACCUAGCAUUGGAAUGCCAUCUACAAGAACCACCAGAAUAAGGCCUCUAUCUCCCUCACUCUCUCUUCUCCUUUCUUUUUCUGCGAUUCUUGCGUUCUCGAUUAGAUCAAAGGGUUCUUGGCGCAGCUUUUUAAAGAUCAAAGGGUUCUUGGCGCAGCUUUUUAAAGAUCAAAGGGUUCUUGGUGGUUUAUAAUAAUAAAAAUUUUCAAUGAAGGGAACCUCAUGCACUGGGCUGCCAUUUUGUCAGGUUGAUGCUCACUUCAUCGCAGGUUGGUUUUGCAGCUGGAAAACCCCCUUCCCACUUCUAUCAGCAAUUCCAAAUGUCUUUAUUCAUGCUUGCGAUUUCUCACCUCUUGCAAUUGUGCUUGUUAAGGUAUGAACUUUCAUUAGUACUCUUGGUUUUUUAAUACAGUUGGAGCAUUGCAGGGGUCUUUCAGCAGCUUUAAUUUCAUAAAGUAUAUUCUUUUCCCUUAAUUUUGUACACGCAAUGUUCUAUUGUUCUAUAACCGUCUUAUAUCCGGCAAACAUGUGCCCGCUCGGAUAUAUUUGAAUGGCUGCAACCUUAUGAUCUGGUGGUGUGUUACUUAGCUUAUGCAAUGCAUGCACUCUCUCUCUCUCUCUCACACACACACACACACGCACAACACCCCCCCCCCCAC